AUGCGUAUAAUGGAUAGUCUGCAAAAGCAAUCAACAGAUCUCCACCCUCUGCUUUUGUUUUUCCAUCAGCCAGUGCGAGCUGGGGCUACUCAUGCAACCGACGAUUUCUGGACCCUCCCUGAAAGAUUUCUUCCUCUGGCUGAAACCACCCCUCGAUCCCUUGGGAACGAGUACGCGUCCACCACAGGGGCUCACUGUUUGCUAGUGAGUGAGAACCGCAACGUGCUUUCUGCGAUUGCGAGUGCCAUGUCCGAAGGUGGGCAUUUAGUGGAGGCGUCAAUCUCAGGGGAAGCUUCAGCUGCCGUGGCUCUUGAGUUUGCUGAUUUCCCACUGGAGAUGCUGGAGAGCCCGGAGUUCGCAAGUGUCCUAAGCAGAUACGUUGGGGAUGUGGCUGCCGAGCGACGAGCAACAGAGUGCAUCCGCUGGAUUGACUUGGAAUUAUUCAAGGCGCCAACAGCUGCGGCUGGGGAUGCGUAUUCGGCUGCGGAGAAGCCACAGGGGGGGACAGAUACUGCGACAACCGGCUCAACAGCUUGUCUUUCCCUGCCCCCGCAGGGGCGCCACGUAGACGCGUGCUCUUCGCUGAACAAGCAAUUCGGUGCGGCGAUCCGAAAGGCUGCACGUCACCCCGCGGAGGAGGAAUUUCCGACGUGGUAUGUUGAAUGUACAGCGGCCCCGUGGUUUGCUGAGGCAGUUCUGUCGUCAGUCGAGGAAAAAGCAAGCCCUCAGGGCUCCCCUUACUUCUUUGCGCACUUAGAUUACACUUCUCCCAUCCCGGAAGCUUUCUCAUCUCAAAUGCCAAAGGCCUUACCGCUGUCGCCAACCCGUAGGUCAGAGUUCGUUGAUGACUUCGUGCCUCCCCAAGCAGGCGAUACAGCAACUCUCCUGUGCUUGAAAAAGGGGCAGCAGCUGAUAUUCUCCAGGGAAACAGAAGAAACCGCCCUUAAUGUUGAGUUUCUGCCCGGUCCAUGGACAGUGGAAGUGCAGGUGGAGCUGUUCCCUAACGUCCUGCGUUCAAUGGGCAUAGGUGUGCGUCUGAGGCUUUUGGAGAAUAUCUCCGUCACUUUGCCUCCUACUCGGGUUCUGCCUGUAUAUACGUCUAACCUGGGGAGUGAGCAGUGGCUAACUUUAGAGCUAGCAGCACUGUACGCAGAGGAGCAGCAACUGCAAGACGCGGAGAUAGAGGAUAUGGAACUGAGAGGGGAAUGGAUACAAGCCGACGAAGUGCCCCGGAUCACGCAGAUGGGGACUCUGCCAAUCGGACCUUGCUUCUUGAGGAGGAGGAAGGGAUUCAAUGAGCCCGUUGUUUUGGACUGUAUUAAUCGUACUCGCAUCGACAAGAAAUCUCGUAAGGGAACCGCUUGCAGCCCUAUCGAUCGUUUGUUUCUUUUUGCAAUCCUUAUGGACGCGGUUGGCCUAGUCCGUCGUGGGGUUGUGGGUAUGGCUCUGGCCUAUGCACCGGCAUUGAAGAUUAGUAAAUCAUUCUACUCGUUAAUCAAAACAGAAUACGACAUUUCAUCUAGUGUCGUAGCAGAUCUCUCGCUUUUUACCAUGCAAAGAGAAUGGAGCAUGAGCCUUCCGGAGGAGCUGAAAGCCAGGGAGGAGAAUACAGCGAGACAAAAUAUGCUGGAGGCUGAAAUCUGGACACCCGAACAAGAUAAGCUUUUAAAUGUCAUCUCAGCGGAAGUGUUGCAGGUGUAUGCACGCGGCCGGAAAGACCGCAGAACACACACUAAGGAGAAGUACCUGACGUUCAUAGAAACAGACUCUAAGCUUAUUGUACAUGUACCACUGAAAUACCUGAGUCAUUUCCGACGUCAAGUACUUCAGCUAAAAAACUGCAAGGACGCCGAGCUAAUAUUCACUUUUACUGAUUCAGGUGGCAAGUUUCAUCCAUUCCACAAGGUCCCCCUUCCUCAGGACGUUGUAUACCUCAAGUUUGGAAAAACCUUUCAAACUGGAGGUGCAAGAGCGGAGGCGCCACCAGACGGUGAUCACCCACUACCACCAGAGAGCCUGUCGCAUGUUGGUAACGAAGCCAGCAAGCCUAACCAAACCCAUAUGCAGGCUGUCGAUGGGAAGGAGGCGAAGCCAGAUAGCAGUGCAGCUUCUGCGUCGCGGGGAUUCGCCAGCCUGCCCCUGCCACAAGAAAACCAAGAAUCUACGGAGGGGCGCAUUACAUACCUGCAGCUGCUAUGGCAGAAUGUAGCCGAAUCUCAUUACCAAGAAUUAAGGCGCGUCGCCAUAGAAAAUAUAAUUUGGGAUGUUGGGCUGUGUGCUGUCGCUCUGCUUCUCCCGGUGAUCUUGGUCAAAUUCAUAGGAACUAGGAGCGGUCGGGCAACUGCAGCAGCGCUUAAGAGGUCAAGAGAAUUCCAUCUGGCUUCCUUCCAGACAAAAGACCUCGCCAUCAUUCCCGGGCCCAGAGAAGAAGUGCAAACACCUUAUUUCCAUCCCCAGAAAGUCCAGUUGUCAGAAGCUGACAUCUUGCUCGCGGGGUUAGGGGAAAGCCAAAGAGUCUAG